CGUCCUGCGUAAACAACAAAACAAACUAAUAAUGUGGCAAAAUAAACAACAAUUUGCUAUUUUCACAAAUCUAAUAUUUAUAUUGGUGCAAUUUUUAAGUGAAAUUUCCUGUCUGCAAGAAAAGGGUACCGAUGGCAAACCCUUGGCCAAAGCAGCAACAUUUCAUUUUCCCGAAUAUGCCUACAAGGAAACUAGUAAAAAUGAACUAACAUACCAUGAUUUCGAGGUUACCUGUGAGCAUCAUGUAGCCUGUGAAAAUCUAGAGGGUGUUAAACGAAAGGCCUGUGUUAGACGUUGUAUAUCAUACUCCUGCUAUCAGGAUAUUUAUUCAUUCGAUGAGCUGGAAGAAGGUGAAAUUGAUGUACGCCUUAAUUCAUUUAAGGGCUGUGUCAUUCAAAGAUCCGGCAAUACAAAUCGCCGUGCCACCUAGCAUAGGGCUUUACGUUUACAAUUCGAUGAGUUUCUGCACGAGUUGCAUUGGAAAUUUUCAAAUUUACUUAAACAUUUUACAUAGGAAGCAGUAUUAAUUGUUAUUAUUUCCUUCAUUAUGAUUUUAAUGUAAUGUAUAAGAACAUGGAAAUGAUAUCCAUAGAGAAAAGUAUUAAUUUAUAGAUCAGUAU